GUUAAAAAUGGAUGGCCGCCAUUACGGGAAGCGGAAAGAUGGAAGUAAUUCGGUAGCAGCAAGAUUCGUGAUAAUCGUAAUGUACAUUAUUUUUUAAAGAUUUUAACGCGGCCUGACCUGUCUGCGUCAUAAAGGCCCUGGAUCAGCCCCCUCUGAAGGUCUACCAUGAGUGCCCCUGGGGAGCAGGACGACUGGGACGCUGCCUCCCAGAGCGUAUCCCUGGACAUCGAUGAGGACUCCGACUUCGACAAUGACGGCCCUGAUGAGGACGCCAACUUCUACCAGGAGAUGGAGUUUGACAGAGCAGCCUCAGGGGCAAACUCAUCCCAUGAGGUCCAGGGUGUUCCUGCCCUGGACACUACCUUCUACCGGGAGAGGGAGCAGGGUAGGACAGCCUCAGGGAUGAAUUUGUCCCAUGAGUUUGAAGAUGGCCCACCUGGAAGAAGUUCUUCCCCAGAGAUUGAUGUGGCUCCAAAUGGUGUCCUUGCUGACAGGAUCUGGCAAUUGAGGACUCCCUCCCCGGCCCCCAGCUAUGCUUCUAUGGAGAGUGAAGGAGAUUUGGAAGAGAGAGCUGCCAAAAUGGGCCAGGAGCCUGGCACAAAUACAAGGGUCCAGCUGGAGCGGCCAGAUUCACCUGCGUCCACCUGCUAUUCCUUUGACAGUGAUGAUUCCACCGAGCCAGUGAGAAAAACACAGAGGCUUCGAGCCCAGCAGCCGAAGUGUGAACCUGCCCCUGCAUUCAGACCAGAGCUGAAGGACCUGCUGGCACCGAAUGAGAAGAGGCACCCUGCCAUGACCAUUCCUUUUAUGUUCAAGUCUCUCCAGGCUGCAUUGGCAAAACUGGUCCAGGAGGAGCUGAUAUUGUUCAAGUGGAAUCUGAGAAGACAUUACCCAGAAUGCUUUCGGUCUACAUUGGAUGAUCUGGACCUCCUUAACCUGGUGGACAAGAUAUUGGAGUGCUGUGGCCUGGAGGGGUCACUGAGGAUCACUUUGCGUACGCUGACGGACAUGAAGCUGAAGAGAGCUGCAGACUACCUACAGGAGCUCUGCAAGAGGAACGAGGCGCGGUAUGAUCUCAAGCUCUCUCUCAAGCGGAAGUACGAAUGCAUCUUUGAAGGGGUGGCAAAGCAAGGACAGCAGACACUUUUCAACAACAUGUUCACAGAGUUGCACAUCACAGAGGGUAGCCAUGCUGGGAUCAACAAGGAGCACGAGGUUCGACAGCUUCCGCCACCAAAGAGGAGCAGGCGUGAGGUUGUCAUCAAGUGCAAUGAAAUCUUUAGCCCUGCCUCUAUCGAGAACAACCACAUCCGAUCGCUGCUGAUGAAGGGGAUCGCCGGCAUCGGCAAAUCAGUGUGUGUGCAGAAGUUCAUCCUGGAUUGGGCGGAGGAGCGAGACCACCAGCAUGUGUACUUUCUACUGCCCAUCCCAUUCCGGGAGCUGCACCUCAUGCAGGGCACGGAGUACAGCCUCAUGCAGCUCAUCCACAGUUUCUUUCCGGAGAUGAGGGAGCUGCAGACGCUUGACUGCGAUGACUGCAGGGUGCUGUUUAUUUGUGAUGGGCUGGAUGAGUACCAGCUGCCCCUCGAUUUCCGCUACAAUGAGUGCUGGUGUGACAUGACACAGCCAACCAUGGUGGACAAGCUGGUGACGAACCUCAUCAAGGGCAACCUGCUCCCCUCAGCCCACAUCUGGAUUACUUCACGGUGCUUCAUGCAGAGUCGGGUGCCGGCAGAGUGCGUUCACCAGCUGGUCGAGGUACGGGGAUUCAGCAAUGUGCAGAAGGAGGAGUACUUCCGGAAGAGGUUCAGUGACCAGAGCGUGGCCAACAGAGUUAUCGAACAUGUGAAAUCGGUGAGGACGCUCGACGUCAUGUGUCACAGUCCACUCUUUUGCUGGAUCACUGGCACCAUCCUUGAGCGCAUGUUUCGCGAGGCUGGCGGGAAGCAGAUCCCCCGGACCUUGACACGCUUCUUCACACACUACAUUCUCAUCCAGCUGAACCAGAUGAAGCAGAAAUACCGCUCGAAGGCCAACAAGGACGAGUCAAACCGGGACUUCCUCUUGCAGCUAGGCCGGCUGGCACUGCGCAUGCUGGAGAGGGGCCAGGAGGCGCUCACUGAGAAUGAGUGGCAGGAAAGCGGCCUUGACUUCACUGAGUCUGUUCUGCACUCAGGCUUGUGCACCCAGGUUUACGAAGAGGAGUUUGUUAUGUACCACACUAAGAUGUACUGCUUUGUACACCUCACAGUCCAAGAGUAUCUUGCCGCCCUCUAUGUGUUCCUCAUGUUCAAAACGAGCCAGAAGAAUGUGCUGGACCCACACCUGGUGACCAAACUGUCAAGGCUGUUGAAGGAGCCAAAGCUUUUUGAUGUGCAUAAGAGUGCCAUGGAUAAGGCUCUGGAGAGUCCGAACGGACACUUGACCGUCUUCCUGAGGUUCCUCCUCGGCUUGUCGCUGGAGUCCAACCAGAAUAUCCUACGAGGCAUAUUGACGCCAGUGCCCACGAGCGUGGAAGAGACGAUCCGCUACAUCAGGGACAAGAUGCGGAAGACAUCGGAUGCAGAAAAGAUCAGAAAGCUGUCGUUGUGCCUGGAGGAGCUGCAGUCAUGAUCCCAGCUGCUAUGGUCUUGUGGUCUCAGUUUGGAGGUGCUUUGGUUUUGUGCUUUCGAUGCUGGGCCAUGGAUUUUGCUCUUCCUUGAGCCGAGAAAGUGAAUAAGCUUGAGAAGCUUAAUUCUCCACAAACACCUACUAAGUGCAUGUGACAUUUCAGUUGUAAGAACAAAUACAAGAAACUGCUUACACAUAUAAUUGUCUUUACUGUCACGUCACUGUCUUUGUGAUUCAGUAUUGUUGACAUCCGCAAGCGUACAUGUUUCCCCUCUGGAGUAUGAGUUUGGAAGACUCCGUUCGCCAAGGUUAGUCCUUAUAGGUGUAUUUUGGCUUUGUGAGACUAUAGCAGAGCUUCCUGCUGGCUUGGUUCCUUCAUGUAUUGACUGUGUUCAGUGAAUACAGUUACUCAUUUAGACUUUAAGUACUGAGACCAUCCUUUUUACCUGUAAUCUGGUGGUUUUACGUUCCACAUCCAAGAACAUAGAAGCUCAUGCUAAUCAGGCUCUUUCUGCAGAGACAGUUGAUUUAAAUCUACUGUGAUACAACAGCACAAGCUGUUAGUUUGAUCCUUGGGUGCAGAAGUGCAAAAUAUUGCUUUAUUACUUGAAAAGUAUAUUGAAUUAUUAUAAGGUGGAGAUGGGGCCUUUUCCUGUUUUUAAUGAAGACUGUGCCAGUGGCGUCCAGUUGCGGUCCCCUCAAGAACUGAAAGGACAUUGAUGUUACCAUGAUUGGCCUGAGAGGGACUAUUCGCUCAUGCCACUUUAAUGUUCUUUUGCAAAACUCAGUUACAAUGAAUUUUCAUCAGCAUUUAUGGGUGACCAGUUGUGACCACUGAAGAACUGCCCCUGUCAUGUCUGUGAAGAAACAUUAUUACUGCAGAUUUACACCUGAAAACCCCAGUUGAAGUGAUUUAACUAGCCCUGUCCACAGUGGUGUAACUGACAGUAUCCCUCUCAUUAUAAAUAAUCUUGCACACGUGAAAAUUUUAAUUGAAUGUAAAAUUGUUAAACCAGCACAUUUUAACCCUUAUCAUGGUAAUUCACUGUGUGCCCUUGUAGUUAAUUUGCAUUAAUUAACAGAAUGAACUUUUUAAAUAUUUAGCUGAGCACUGGCUGUAAUUUAUAUUCAAGAAAAUUUUUAAAAGGGAAAUAUUUUUUACCUAGCAGAGUUAAUGAUGCCAAAUAUGUGGUAUUACAACAAAUAUGUGCAUUAUUCAUUGGAUUGAUCAGUAACAUCUGCAGUAUAUUAAUCAAUCCUGUAUUUAAACUUAGCAUCAGUUUAUUAUGUUUCAGAUGAUGGAAAUGAUAAAAAAAAGAACAUUAAUGUUAGAGGAUUUAUAUAUACACUCUAACAUGUAUUCAUGAAUAACAUUCUGUAGGACAGGCCCACAAUUUGUCAAACAUUGCUAAUUACAAGUUCAGUUCAGAGGGAACCUGCAUGCAGGGUCACUAGGAUACAUGCACGCACGCACACACUGUCUGAAACUGCUUGUCCCGAGCGGGGUUGCAGCGAACUGGAGCCU